AUGAGUGAAACCUGUCCAUUACUAUUGGAAAACGGCUCAGUACCGUCACCGUCACCGACAGUGGUCAUCAACGUAGGAGGUCGACGGGCAAGAUUAUCGCUUGAUAUGAUAUCCCGACGUCUGGACAGUUGUCGAUUGUCAGCAUUCUGCAGAAAAUCCCAUAUUGAGAAGCUUACCGAUUGUGAUGCAUAUUUUGAACAUGCUGGAGAGUACUACUUUGAGCGUAGCCCUAUUAUCUUCGAAUACAUUGUGGACUUUUUUGUAACUGGAAAGCUUCAUCGACCAAUGGAUAUUUGCCCAAUAAGGUUGAGAUACGAGUUGGACUACUGGCGAAUCCCUAUCCAUUUCCUGUCACCAUGCUGUAUGCUGGAAGAAAACAAUAAUCACGCUAAAAAGCGUGUCGAAGUUAGUAAUCACGACAGUUCCUGCCCUCCAUCUUCAUUUGAGAAGGUGUGGAUGGGACCAAUGCGAUUACAUUUGUAUCGAAUGCUUGAAAAUCCUCGUUCAUCAUUUGCUGCAAAAGUGUUCUCCAUCGUUUCUGCCUCCUUCGUACUACUUUCUCUAUUAGGUUUGAUUCUUAGCUCCAUGCCAGAACUUCAGGAUGAAAACAAAGAGCCACAUCCCGUCCUACAGUGGUUGGAGUUAUGGAUGCAGAAUGAAAUGUUGUUCACCAUCAAAGGUAACGUUUCAGCGGCGAAAGGAGCAAUGCUGGUCGUUCGUGUUAUGCGACUCGCCCGAGUGGCAAGAAUAUUCAAGUUGGCUCGAUAUAGCACAGGAUUACGAGCGUUUGGGGAGACGAUGAAAAAAAGCGCUGCCGAAUUGAGCAUGCUCGGAAUGUUCCUAAUCACAGGAAUCAUGUUGUUCUCAACGGCUAUAUACUUCUUUGAGAGGGACGAGCCAAAUUCAAAGUUCUAUUCAAUUCCGGCUGCCUGCUGGUGGUGCGUCAUCACAAUGACAACUGUUGGUUACGGAGAUCUUGUGCCAGUCACAGCAGGAGGAAAAGUCGUAGCUGCAAUGGCAUCUGUGUGCGGCAUCAUUGUGUUGGCGUUCCCGAUUUCAAUGAUUAUCGACAAAUUCGCCGAGUCGACUGGCUGCUGGAGCGACGAAGACCAUGAACCACAGCCGAAAAAGGCCAAGGCGAAACGCGCAUUUUUCUAA